UCUGUGUUGCACAAGAUGCAUUCUUGUCAAAUUGACAACUAAAAAUUCUGGCAGCUGCCUUUUCGGUGCAUUUGCGUUUUGCUUCUAAAAUUUUCAAUUAUUUUGUUUUCCUCCAAAAUUUGCAAAAAUUCUUCGUAAAAUCAAAUUAACGUUACAGCAUCGUAAAAGAAAAUCGAAACAUAAACAACAAAUACAAACGGAAGGUCCCGGAAGUGUUUCAAUAGUUGCCAUUGGAGAAGUGGUUACAGCCAUAGAUAAAUCAACAAACGGAAUCGGUGACAUCCCCAACAUGGAUAAUACAAAUCUCAACCGAGUGCUAAAUCAAACCUUACGUCAUCCACUACAUGGGCUGCUUUUCAAAUACACCAAUGUCAUGAAAGGCUGGCAGUACCGUUGGUUCACGGUUGACGCGCAGACCGGCACACUUAGCUACUUUUUGUGUGACUCGUCCUCGUCGGGCGAUGAAGCAACGCCAUCAGCACAGGUUUUGGCUAGUGCGCCGCGAGGUCAAGUACAGCUGGCAGGUGCUGUAGUCUGCCCAAGUGACGAAGAUUCACGCACAUUUUCCAUAGGCUGUGCCUCUGGCGAUACGCUUAAAUUGCGUGCUGCCGAUGCACGUUCACGCCAAGAAUGGGUAGAUGGUUUGCGUGCAGUUGUAGAAAGUCAUACAAAAGCAAUGGACAUUAGCAAUUCAUCACCACUGCCGCCACGAGAGUUGCUGGCCGCCUCAGAUGCGAUGGUUUCGGCGAGACAAGCACUCUACCUAACCGAACAAUGCAUGUCUAUACAUUUGAAUCAUUACAGUAAUGCAACGUUAGCGCGUACAAUUGAGAAUAUCGAAUGUGAAACAUUUUCACCGACAGAUCCGGACUUGCUUUUGCUCAAAGCCAUUUCGACAGCUAGUACACAAUGUUUGCAUCAGUGCCUGAGUCUAUUACAACGACACGAAGAGAUACACAGUACAAGUGCUGCUGAAUCGGCGGGCGCUUGCUAAUUGGAGUACACAAAUUUACAUACAUAUUUGCUACAUUUGCUACAUUCGAAGAGAACUGGAAAUUCUUUCAUAGGAGCUUCCGUACGUUCGUUAACGUUAAUUUGUUCAUAUUUAUAAACAAUAUGUAUAAUGUAUGUCUCCAAGUUGUCAUAUAACCAUACAAUUUUAUAAAAUGAUGUGUUUCUAAGGAUUUGAAUCUUUAAUUCUUGAUAAUGUAUUAGAUAUCUUUAACGUUAACUCUAUUAAUGUAGCUACAUACAUACAUACACAUAUAUAUUAUGAAAGACAUCUACACUUUAUAAUUAAUUAUUGUAACGAUAUUCAAUCAAAUAUUUUAGGUACGAAAUUUGAUGGAAUUAUUAAAUACACGCACACAUCCUAAGCUUAAAACGCAAAAAAUGUGUAUUUAAAUUGUCGACAUAAAUUAUUUGAUUAUGUAAAAAUAAACAACUGGGCUUUGUUGUU